CCUAGAGGAGGAGAGGGAUAAGAUCUGAAGAGGGUAAGGGAGGAAGAAGACUCUCAUGGAGCUUUUCCCAGCACAUCCUGACCUAUCUCUGCAAAUUAGUCCUCCCAACAGUAAGCCCACAGCAAGCUGGAGUAGAACUGCUGAUGGGAAUCUUGGCUUAGGGUUUUGCAGGAGAGCCAUAGACUCCUCACACAAAAACACCACCUCAGACUCCGCCGCCACCAAGAAAGCCCACCAACUCCACUUCCAACAGCGCAAUCCGUUCCUUCACGAAGGAUAUCGUCGGGAUCUUAGUCCGAUAAUGCCCAUAAGAGGGGUUCCGGUGUACCACCGCCCUCCUGCCUUCCACUUCGGCCUUCGAAACCGGCAGCACCAGCCACAUCCAUGUGACUCGACGUCGCCGUCGAGGUCGACACCGAGACUCCUGCCGCGGUUCCCUGCGAAGCGAAGCACGAGGGCGCCGAGGAUGCGGUGGACGACCACGCUCCAUGCCCGCUUCGUCCAUGCUGUGGAGCUGCUGGGAGGCCAUGAGAGGGCGACGCCGAAGUCGGUUCUUGAGCUCAUGGACGUCAAGGAUCUCACCUUGGCUCAUGUGAAGUCUCACUUACAGAUGUAUCGAACGGUGAAGACCAGUGAUAGACAAGCAGCUUCUCCUGGGCAAGCUGAGUUCAUAGAGUUUUCUGAUGACAACUUGCUCGAGAUCCAGGGACCCGGAGCUUCUACUCAGCAAGGAAGGUCUAAUGGAGAUAGAGGCACCAAUGAUCAUGGCUCCUGGAGCAAUUCUGCCAGCAAAGGAGACUGCUUCCCUGAUAGUCCCGGUGGUGAUUCCACCAAAUGGACCAAAAACUCAACUGAGUGUUUUGCUGUGCAGGAUAUGCAAUCAAAAAGGUUGGAAAUGAUACCCAACCUGAACUCAUCGAGCUUCUCGGAGACCAAAAUGAUAAAGCUCAAUCUUGAGUUUACCUUGGGAACGCCACAUUCCAUCUAGUCUUCUCAUCCAGCACAUUGUAUUAUCAGAAGUGAUGU